AUGUACGCCGCGACCGAUCAUCGCGUCAACGUCGCCGAGGAGGGUAACCCCCAGCUUCAACCGCUCGUGGCCCACUCCUCGCGCCGAGCCGCCGGGUCUGCGCAUGCGACCCUCUUCUCCGUCGCGAUCGUCCUCGGGACUUUCGCGGCUGGCCUCAUCGCCGGUAACACGGCCAUCGCCCCGGGGACGCUCUCGCUGCUCGGGUCACCGCACUCGAGCAGCGUGAGCGGCGCACCGCACUCGAGCAGCGUGAGCGGCGCACCGCACUCGAGCGGCGUGAGCGUCACAGAGUCAUCCGCGGCUCCCGCGGCGGCCGACCAACCCCGCCUCGGCGACCACCACCGCGCUCCCUCUCAUGCUCACCAGGGAGAUGGCGAAGCAGAGGAGGAGGACCAAGUCUCACUUGACAACGCGCGAGCGGACUUGGGUUUUGACGCCUGGUCUAAAGAAGUGAAAAAAUGGAAAAAAGAGGCGAGCAAAUGGAAAAAAGAGGCGAGCAAAUUCAAGAAAGAUGCGGACAACAGACUUAACGUCAUCAACCACGUCAAGAGCGACGCCAACGAGAUGUGGGGCGAUGUCGUGAAUGUCAAGGAUGAAAUCCACGACAUCGUCAACAAGGCCAAAAGACUGGUGACCACCGUCGCUAAUGCACCGGCGAAGCUUUUCAAACAAAUUGAGAAGCACGUCAUCCCUACGGAUGCCGCGGGCCUGAUCCGAGCUAUUGAUAUCCCAAAGGUCGGCGGCGCCUCUGCUGCUGCUGCCCUUGGUCGGGCGAUGGGUUCCGGUCCUGCCAUCUUCCUCCCCCAGAACGAGGGCGCUUUACGUUCAAUGAUCCGUGCCGCGCUGCUCGGUCAUGACAUCAAGACGAAUGUGCCGACAAUCUCGGAGCAUCACGCAUCCCUUGGCGCCGAAGCCACUGCAUCUCUCGGCGACUCUGGUUGCAUUCCGCUUGGGAUUCCUGGUCUCACAAAAGAUUACGCCGCCGCCACCGAGUACGAGAUGGCAUGGCCCGAAAAGCUGAAAAAUGACGUUCGCGCCCCAGACGCAUUCGAGAUCAAGCUUCCGACGUUCAGUUUCGACACCUGCAUCGAACCUGUCUUCGAGUUCCCAAGCGAUGCAGGGUCAGCUCUCGUUGACGCCUUCGCUGAAAGUUUUUCUGCCAUCAUCGAAGGAGCCAUUGACGCGGGUAUGCAAGCGAUCAAGAACAUUAACCCGGAACAACUCAAAAAUAUGGCAGAGGAUGCCGAGAAAAAGCUCAAGCACAUCAAGGAUCUUGUUAAAGACGUCAAAGGCUGGGUUAAUGGGAGACGUCUCCUCGAGAAUGUCGACCGGUCCGAUCACCACACCGCACAAGCACUCGAGCGCGCCGCCGCUGCCCUCGGGCGCAAACCGGACGAUGAUGUACCAGCUGACGAGUUCAUCGAGAGCGAGCAAGCUGACGCGAUUGACACGUUGAAGGAAGUUAAGUACCGCCAAGAUGCUUACGUCGACCAGCUCGAGCUCGAGAUUUUCAAUUCCGUGUCGAAGCUGCAGCACAUCUUUGGGAACAGCCAAUUCGGAGCGGUCGACUCGUCGGGCAAGCUGUUACCCAGCCUCGGACAUGAAAUUGCGGCUGACCUCGGCUUCGACAUGGGUGACUCAAAGGCAAAGUUCGAGGCGGCUCUCAUGAAGUUGGUCAACAUCAAGUUGGGUUUCACGGUGACCCGAACCGCGACGUUCGAGACCGGCGUCAAGGUCUCCAACGGCCUCUUCCGCCACGGUGACCUGAUGGACGUCCUCGGCGUCCCAGCCAAAAAGCGUUUCAUGGAAUCUUUAACUGAGAUUGGUAUUCCCAGUGUCCCCCUCAUCUCGGCGUACGCCGGCGUCAACAUGGGAUUCGAGCUGCCGUACUACUUCACCGCUGAUGCUGGCGGCGAGUUCGGGUUCACGGUUGAGGUGAUCAAUGAGCUUUUCAUCGGACUCAAGAACGGCAAGGCGGGUGUGACGUUCAAAGAACCCGUGAUCAAUACCGGCAGUGAACUCAGCGGCAGCGUGUCGGCAGCCUUGCAAGUCGGCGCGAGCGCUCAGCUCCGAGAAUUCACCGCCGGUCUCUGUGUGAUGUUUGUCUGCACCGGGCCCCGUGUUGGCGUUCAACAGGACUUCCAACUCGGCUUCGAUCUUCUCGGCGGAGCCUCGAUGGCGCACGGAACAGGCGACAGUUGCGUCAAUGGACCCGUGCAGCUCGCCACCACGUUCACCGACUGGGACUACAGCGCCGCGGACAAGGAGCGCUGCCACCUCCGAUCCGAUGGGUCGUUCCUCCUGGGGGGAUACAUGCAAAUACCGACUCCAAAGGCCACCGUCGUGAUGACCACCAGUCUUGGCGUCGACGGCCCUGGCUCGGAAGAACCCUGGCACGAUUUCGAGGUACAGGACAAAAUCGACGAAGCUUUGGGAGGAUCUAACCCCGAGUUCAUGUUCAUUGGAUCCCUCUUCCCCCCUGUUUGUGAGGGAAAUUCCGGCGUGCGCCUCGCGACCUGCGACGAGGAGUCUGCCGCGGCUGUCUCGUCAUCGCUCGGGUCCGAUCAGUGCAUGCCGACUUCAAUGCAAAUUUCGACCGAUGUCGAGCCUCUCCAUGAUAUCGACCACGUCGCAGAUGCUGCAGCCAAAAGAUCCGAGGUACUGGCUGAAUAUCAAGUCACAGCCGAUGAGGAGGAAGAUCAAGCCAACAUGAACGCUGCGAACGAGGCUACGGCUAACCGUUCAUUGAAGUCGAAGAAGGCGGCGAAGGCGUUGAAGAAGGCGAUCGGGCGAAGAUGA